AUGGCGUUUUAUGGUAUUCUGUUGUUGAGUUACAACGCAGUGCACGGUAUCGACACAGACUCGAUAAAUCAAAAUUUGUUGAUCAAGAGCCAAAAUGCAAAUGAAACAUCAUUGUCAACUGCCGAACGUUUUCGACGUCUAAUACCUUACGUGACGUAUUACGUGGUCGGUAACAAUGAACAAAAUGACUUGCCAUAUCAAUAUCAAUAUCAAAACCCUAAUUCAAAUUCAAACACGCCCAGACCUUCACAGGCAAAUAACUUCUAUUUUCAAAAUGAAAGAAAACCCCCACAAAAACAACAGCCCGCCACCCAGCAUCAACAUAAUUAUCAGAUAUCUAAUCAACAGAUCCAACAACAACAACACGCAACGUCUACAGGAUAUCUGAGAUUUCCAAGCUCUCCAAAAAUUAAAAGGCCUAUUGUAAUAACAACAACGACGGAAAUGCCGUACAUCAUCCACCCGACAGACAACUCGUAUAAUUAUUAUUACGAUUACAGUCAAACGAGCCCCAAACCGAUUGUUCGACCUAGUCCAAUUGUUAUUAAGCACGGUGAUCACGCCGGAUUUUUACCGACAAUGCCGCCAAGCCCAAAUUCGUUCCCGGAACAACAAGAACAAUUGCAGUUUACGACCAAGACAAAAAAACAGAGAAGGCCAAAACCGAAAAGACCCACAACACCGGUCACUACAACCACAACGACAGACAAAUAUGGUGCACUCAACGAACUGUUGGAUGGUUACGAUUUGGGAAAUCGUCUUUCAAACAAAAUCACGGCCGAUAACAUCGGUUCCAGUAUACAAACUUUGUCGGCCGUGUUACAGUUAUUGCAAAACGAGGCAGACGAACAACAGGCGCGACCACUGCGGCCAAAGAAACCUAAGCCGGAAUACCGUCCAGAUCCAAUCGACGAAUAUGAUGAUACUGGCGACGUAGGGAAUCCGGGAAGACCGGGCGUGGAUUAUCCGACGCUCUCAGUUAUACCCAAAACUAGCUUCGAUUGCAAAACUCAAAGAUACAAGGGUUUCUUCGGAGAUCCAGAAACGCUGUGCCAGGUGUGGCAUUACUGUGACUUAAAUGGUGGUCAAGCAUCAUUUUUGUGCCCAAAUGGAACUAUAUUCAAUCAAGUAACACUGACAUGUGACUGGUGGUUUAAUGUAAAAUGUGAUACUACAGCUCAACUUUAUGUGCUCAAUGAACGCUUAUAUAAAUAUAUAAUACCAUCUAAACCCAGUUUUCCAGAAGAUUACGAAGGACCUUUAGUAGAUAGAUAUUUAGAAGACAAAUUUAAGGAAACCGAAAAAAAUAGAGGCCAACAAAGAGCACCAAUGCCAUCAGUAAUGAAUGUCACUACUAUUGAACCAGAAUCAGUUAGAACACCAUAUCAACAAUUAAUAGAUGUAGAUGUAUAG